UUAUCCAUGAGGUCCAGUGGAGACCUACUGGGACCACUCUUUGAACUGAUUGCACAGAGCUGUGCCUGCUCUGGAAAGAAGGAGGUUCUCUUUGCCCCUUUUUUCCCAUCUGACAUUUGGGCAGAACAGCCCCCUCCUCCCCCGGCGAGUAUGGCACAGCACUGGUACUGCUACUUGUGUAGGGAAUGCAACAAUGUAAUCUCUCAGAAUGAGAUGCAUGCUCGAUCACUACAAGCUGUACAGAGUUCAGAUCGAAUUUGAAAGCAGCAGAGAACCCAGACCCAUCCCCUUGGUUCACACAAAACAUACUGAUCAGAUUAGCUUGUUAAAGUCCUUUUAUGAACGCAGUGUAACUCAGUCUACAACUGCUGUGCCGCCAUCAUCAUGUCUCUGCUGAGCAAGGUUUCUGUUGCCUUACUUGCAAUCCUGUUGGCUUAUUAUUUAUACUCUGGAAAUGAUGGCUUUGAACCAUCCAUGCUAAAAGGAAAGAAAGUAAUAGUUACUGGAGCCAGCUCUGGUAUUGGAGAGCAGAUGGCAUAUCACUUGGCGCAGAUGGGAUCUCACAUCUUAAUUACUGCACGUACAGAAGAAAAGCUGAAAAAGGUGGUUGAAAAGUGUGUAAAAUUAGGAGCAGCGUCUGCUCACUACAUCCCUGGAAGCAUGGACAACAUGACCUUUGCGAAGCAGGUUGUGCAAGAAGGAAAACGCUUAUUCAGUGGACUGGACAUGCUGAUUCUAAACCACAUUGGUUAUACUUACUUUAAUUACUUUGAUGGAGAUGUGGACCAUGUACGAAAUCUCCUGGAGAUCAAUGUUCUGAGUUACGCAACCAUGACUGUAGAAGCUCUCCCCAUGUUGAAAAAAAGCAAUGGGAAUGUGGUAGUUGUGUCUUCAUUUGCAGGUAAAGUAGGCUUACCGUUUACUGUGCCCUAUUCCACUACCAAAUUUGCCUUAGAUGGCUUUUUCAGCUCUUUGCGCAUGGAAUUCAAGCAACAGAAAACAAACGUUUCCGUCACAUUGUGCGUCAUCAGCUAUAUAGACACAGAUUCAGCAGUAAAUACUGUGUCUGGUGUCAUCCAGCAACCAGCAGCUCCAAAAGAAGAAUGUGCACUAGAGAUUAUCAAAGGGGGUGCCCUACGGAAAAGGGAGGUAUAUUACCAAUAUCAAGCCACAAAGAUCCCGUUGCUGUUACGGGACUGGGCUCCAGAAUUUCUAGAGAACCUUGUUCUUAUGAAUUACGAUGUGACUAAACUCAAGCAGAAACAAUGAUUGUUCCUCCUACCUAGUUGUAGCUUAAAAUAAUAAUCACCGUCACUUCAAUCAAAUCAUUUACAUAAGACAACAGCGUGGCAAAACCAGGACAUUUGUUAAUUUUCAUGUGCUUUGAUUUUUUUCCACGAGCUGUCACCAACUGCGCUAGAAGGCAUCUUCUGUCAUGAUAUACAGUAGAUGCCUAUGGCCACAUGGGAUGUUCCAUAGAUUUUGAAAGAUUCCUGCAUGCAAGCACUACUAUCCAAUGAUUAUGUUAUUAUGGUAAGACCCAUACACAAGUGACAGGUUAACUUUAAGGAGCAAAGUGUCUUAAUAAGUACUGAAUCCCAAAUUUAAAAACAAAAUGUAUAUUAAAGCACCGAGGGAGCAAUAUCUGAAAGUCGUCAAAGCUUUAACAUGCACUUUGGCACCUUUUUCACACAAGCAAAGAGAGGUCUGGCAUGAGAAUAAAGGACCUUUAAGAUUAACUUUUAAUUUCUUACCAUAUAAAUAUAAAUAAGCUACAUUCACAUUGUACAUGGUAACAAAACAGCCUUGUUUGUUGUAAUUGAGACUACUGCAUAUUAAAACGAUAAAUGGUGCUUUUAAAUUUCAUAGCUAUUAUUUGGUGGUGUUGGUUAUCUAGAUGUACUUCAAACAACUGGAGGGUGAUACGCUUAUGUCUGAUUUUUAGUAGACAGACAAACAGACUUGUCUUGACUUUGAUUUGGUAAUGUAUUAUAAUUGUAAUGCAUUAAAAAUAUGCAAAAAUGUCUAAUGUUUAGAAAAAUGAAAUAGAAAAGGAUAUUGGCCUUUGAAA